GCUGAGGAGAACUGUCGCUCCGGUGCCUGGCUCAAUUUUUAAGCCAACCUGUGACCAUGCUCCGGCUUUUCAGCCAGGCAAAGUGUUGCUUGCCGGUGAAAUGGGGUUUGCAGAGGUCCCUGGGCUCUGUCCGUUUUCCCGCAGCUGUGCAGCACCACAGAUCCCUGACAACUUCUCAUCCAACCCAGGCCCAGACGGGCUCCCCGUGGCCCAAAGAUGUGGGCAUCCUUGCCCUUGAGGUGUACUUCCCUUCCCAGUAUGUGGACCAGGUUGAGCUGGAGAAGUACGACGGGGUGGAUGCAGGGAAGUACACCAUAGGCCUCGGCCAGAAGCAGAUGGGGUUCUGCGCCGCUCACGAGGACAUCAACUCCCUAUGCCUGACCGCGGUGCACCGCCUGGUGGAGCGAAGCCGCAUUUCCUGGGACUCCAUUGGCCGCCUGGAGGUGGGCACGGAGACCAUCAUUGACAAGUCCAAAGCGGUCAAGACCGUUCUGAUGCAGCUCUUUGAGGACUCCGGGAACACCGACGUAGAGGGUAUUGACACCACCAAUGCCUGCUAUGGAGGCACAGCUUCUCUCUUCAAUGCAGCGGACUGGGUAGAAUCUAGUUCCUGGGAUGGACGCUAUGCCUUGGUCGUCUGCGGAGACAUCGCUGUCUAUGCUACCGGGAAUGCCCGGCCGACAGGUGGAGCAGGGGCUGUUGCUAUGCUGGUUGGACCAGAUGCCCCUCUGGCUUUGGAGAGAGGUCUCCGGGCAACCCACAUGGAACACGUCUAUGACUUCUACAAGCCAGAUAUGGCUUCGGAAUAUCCAAUUGUAGAUGGACCGCUCUCCAUCCAGUGUUAUUUCCGAGCUCUGGACCGAUGUUAUGCCACAUACCGCAAGAAGAUUGAAAGCCAGUGGCAGAAAGCUGGCAUUAACAAGCACUGUACUCUUGAAGACUUCCAGUUCAUGAUCUUCCACACACCCUUCUGUAAGCUGGUGCAGAAGUCUCUGGCACGUGUUGUGCUCAACGAUUUCCUGGCAUCGCCCAAUCCUGAUCUUGAGAGUGGGAUCUAUAAAGGGCUUCAAGACUUCAGGAAUGUGAAAUUAGAAGACACUUACUCCAGCAAGGAGGUGGAUAAAGCUUUCCAGAAGGCCAGCCAAGAGCUCUUCAAUCAGAAGACCCAUCCUUCCCUCUUCCUCUCCGCUCGCAAUGGCAACAUGUACACACCGUCAGUGUAUGGCUGCCUCGCAUCUCUCCUGGCACAGUACUCUGCCCAGCAGCUGGCUGGCUCCAGAAUUGGGGUCUUCUCCUAUGGUUCAGGCCUGGCAGCCAGCCUGUUCUCCCUGAAGGUUUCGGAGAAUUCAGCUCCAGGGUCCCCUCUGGAAAAGUUGGUAUCCAGCCUUUCAGAUCUGGGGGCUCGGUUGGAAUCCCGUAAAUGUGUCCCACCAGAGAAAUUUGCUGAGAUAAUGAAGAUCAGAGAGGACACUCAUCAUUUGGUCAACCACACUCCCCAUGGUUCAAGCAGUGACCUGUUUCCAGGAACCUGGUACUUGGAGCAAGUGGACGACAAAAACCGAAGAAACUAUGCUCGGAGACCAAUGUAGGAGAAGGAGAAGCUGCCAUUCUGGCUCAAGCAUACAGAGAUGAAGGCUUUACCAUCAGGAAACAGAACAAGCAAACUGUCUGAAGAUGGACUCUUGAGUCCCAGUGACCUAGUAGAAUUUACAUGACUGAUUGGAUUGCCUGUAGUGCUGGGCUCCCUGGCUGUCUCUGGAGGAGUCAUCUACUUUUUCUUUUAUCAUCAUUUUGGACUACAUACUUGGCUGAUGUGGGAAAGGUUUGCAUGGAUACAUCAAGCAUGUGACCACUGAUGGAGAAAGUUCCUGUGCAGACAGAGUGGGAACUAGUUUUGUGACAAUCCUAUCCUAUAGAAUCCACGCCCUUAGGAUCCCCUCCUCCUUUGUUAGUUUUAUGUUUUUCCCACCUCAUCCUUCUUUUAGGUCGUGCGAGAUUUGGGGUUUUUAUACAGCUUGAAAUGAUAAUAAAAUAAUAAAAUGGAAAGCCAUUCUGUGCAGA